UCACUGUUUCGACUUUUCAUUUUUUCGUUCCUCAAAUGAUCACAUUCACUUUAUUAAUAGUUGGAACCUGUCGAGCCAAAUACUCUUCCCAUUUGAAACUCAAUGGAAGGUCGUUAAAUUAGUGCCAUUUUUCUUAUCCAUUUAUAAGUGAAUUGUAGAUACCGGAGCAAUAUUUAUUCGUUACGGGAGUUUUCCUUUGAAAGCUCCUAUUACUCAAGUAGACGUAUUUUGUGAAAGCCUCAUAAAAAGUGAAGAUGUUCGAAGAUGCUAAUUUAGCCGACUUUUUCCGUGGUGGAUUACCGUACUACCUGCUAAUUGCAUUACCGAUUUUGAUCAUUUGUUCCUCGAAUCCGGUGUUAGCCGCGAGUGAAUUCGGUGUGCAACGUAUGUCCCAGUAUGACGUACACGGUGUUCCCUACGGCUGUCGCACAUCUGCCCUGAAUAUGGAAGCCAAAUCGUUAUACACUUGGCAAACGUUCCGGCACUGUGUGAUUACCCGUUUUCAGGACAUGACAAUCGAUCAGUUUCGUGAAAUCAGGGCCAAGGCUGGCGGCUUGGUGAUUCUGUUGCCGAAUUAUGUUUCAUCGCUCAGUAUGGAGGAAAAACAGCAUAUUCACCUAUUAGAACAAGCAAUGAUGCUGCAGGAAAUUUCCAUUCCAGUGUACUUUUCUCGUUACAAUCCAAAGUUGAACGAGAUUAUCAACGAUGUAACGAAAACUAGCACUUUCGCCCAGCAACAACAGCAGCAGCAGUCUUCCAAACAACGUGAAUCGGCUAUUAGCGAAAUUUUAGGCUCGAUUUCCGCUAAUGGAUACCAGAUAGCUGUUACCGGUACCGGGCACAGUCCAAACAAACAGACCAAAAUUCCGAUUAUUCAGGGCGAGCUGACACCGACUAAGCACACGGCUAAAUCAGUGGACAGUGAAAGCAAACUUCCCUUGAUCAUUUUGACUGCUCACGUUGACACGUUUGGUCUAAUUCAUGGAUCACUGAAAAACGCCGACACGGCGAUAUUACUCACGUUAAUUGAACUAUUCAGCAAACUUCAUGCUAGUAUUCCAAAGUAUCGACUCAUGUUUCUGGUGUCCGAGUCUGGAAGUUUGCUGAACUUCCAGGGCAUGAAGAAAUGGCUCGACAGCAAUCUCGAUGAAAAUUUGCAAGUGCAACAAGCUGAGUUUGUCGUAUGCCUAGAUUCCAUCGGCAAGACGCUAUCUAAUGAUAACAUUUUUAUGCACGUAUCGAAACCUCCGAAGGAGGGAACAUCGAUGAAUAGUUUCUACCGUACGCUGAAAACCGUUGCUCAACGUUAUGGAAAUGUGACCGUCGAAGGUGUUCAUAAGAAGAUUAACCUGGCUGAUACUCUGUUAGCAUGGGAGCACGAGCGUUUCAGCAUGAAGCGGAUGCCAGCGUUCACCCUUUCCAGUUUAAAGUCCCAUAAGGAUCCCCUACGGAACACAAUUUUCGAAGACGAUGACGAGGAAGAUCAGCUGGAUCGGUUGGAAACAAACGUGAAAAUUCUGGCGGAAACCCUGGCCAGCUAUAUAUACAACGUGCCGGCGGAGAAUGCUGGGGAAAUCUUCACCGGCUCGAUGGCAAUCACCAAAGAUAACGUUAGACCAUGGAUGAACGUGCGCUCGGGGCAGCAAAACAAUGAUCUCAAAUAUGCCUUCGAAAAAUACCUCAAAAAUGUGAAAGUCACAUUCGAAAAGCCCGAUGCUCGGGAACCGGACUUUAUGCUGUACGACGAUCGGGACGCUGUACUCAACAUUUACAACGUCAAGCCGGCCGUUUUUGAUCUAUUUCUAACGUUCAUGAUUGUGGCCUAUCUGGCGGUGAUCUAUCUGGCUAUCUUCCAUUUCCCGAAGGUGUAUACCUUCGUUUGUCGCAUGACGGUCACUAAAAGCAAGGUUAACUAGUGGCUGUCGUAAGUUAAAUUGGUAGUUAAGAUAAAGGUUUAUUAGAGCCAUACCAGGGCAUGGAAGGAGAUCCUCGCCUGCGUAAUUUGGGCUUGCAAAGGGCAGAUGCAGUUGCGCUGUUUUGUUUCAAUACCAGUUAUAAUUUAUUGCUAUUGUAAUAGAAGACGGGGUGUUUUCAGAGAUUUUACUGAAUACGCCAAAAUGGUUGCUUGUGUGCAUUUAAUUUGUUAGAAUAUAAAAGAGAAAUGGAAAUUCAUCAACGCUGGACUCAUUUAAACUAGAAACAUUAUUGUUUGUUUGUUAGUGUAGGCAGAUCGAGCCAAAUCGAAUCAAAUAUAAUAAAAAUCUUUGUGGAAAUUGUGGAAA